AUGGAUGGAGUUCCAUGGGACCAGGUCAAGGCUGGGGAUCUGGAUGUCUUGCGGGUCGCUCUCUUCUCGAGUUCGACCUCGCGAAGGCUCCGGGCCCUGCAAGAACUUCGCGACAAGAGCGGAUCUGAAAUUCCCUCGGAGUCUCAUCUUGAUAUCCUAGCGCUUCUUUUCCAGACCUACCCUCUUUACGUCGAUCGUCCCUCACGUCAGGCCGUUCAACAAUGUCUCCGCGCCCUCCUCCGAACCCCGAAUGCCGUGGAUCACCUCGAAUAUUUGUCUGAGAACUUAAAGAUUGAAGCAGCCAAGUCUGGUCUGGCCCCGGGAUCCGCAUUCGUCUUGUUGGAGUGGUGCUGCAAUAUUUUGCAGCAGGUUAGCGAGAACGAGGCCACGCCCUUGGCUGUUGUGCUGGACCUGAUCGCUGUGGAUGCGAAGGCCCUGGAGAACUGUUUUGCCCACACGCCGAAGCUGUCGGUAAGGCAAUCAGCUCUCAAGGUGACUAGACGUGCAUUGCGCGCAACGUUCUCGAACAAGACUUGGGGCGAGGACGCCGUGCGCCAGUCAGUCAGCCGACUGACUGCGGACUCGACCGCAGGUUACAAGAACGCAUUGCUUCUGGGUGUCAUCUCGGGCGUAUGUGCUCGACUACCGGCUAGGAAGCCAGUGCUUGAGGAGUCUAAGAAACCCAUCCUGGCUUAUUACGUCAAGGAAAUCGUAGGCUCGAAGUCUGUUGUGCCUACUCACAUCGCUGAAGGACUGUCCGACUUCCUAACUUCGUUUGUUACAUAUGAGGAUGUGAUCGUUGAAUUGGUCCCUCCGAUGGAGAAAUCCAUGCUGAGAUCUCCCGAAGUGAUUCUGAGUGGCGUAAUCCCGCCGUUUAGUGCCGCUCUGCCAAAAGAAAUUGAUCUUUCGGAAGUGGUUCAGACUCGUCUGUCUAAGCAUUUGUUAUCUAGCAUGAAGUCAAACAACCCGGUAAUCCGACAAGGAGCUGCCGACUCGUUCAAGGCUUUACUCUCUCAAUGCCAGACCGAGUCUGUUGUCAUGAAGAUCACCAGUGAAAUCGUUGGCCCCUUGAAGACACAAAAGAUCACUGCCCCAGAACACCGAGUCGCCUACGCACAAGCUAUUUCUGCAAUUACAUCUUCGGUAGAAGCCUCGAAAGAGAUCGUCCAGGGUUUUGGACCUGUAUUCUCGCGGGAGUCUAAUGAACCUGCUCUCGAAGAGGAGCUCAAAGCGUUCGUCAAGCAUCUUGCGUUCCUUGUUCAAUCUUCUGUCAAGAUUGUGGAUGACGUUAUUAAUACAAUUGUCAAGGGUAUUUCCGACAAGCGAAUUCCGUUCCGAAAGAUCUGGCAGCUUAAUGUGGGAGAAAUGCUUUGGAAAUCCGACGUCGCGGCUCUCAAGAGCGCCGAGAUUGAGCCUCUUGUCACAAAAUUCCUUGGAAAGAUGAAAGACAUGUUUGGCGAGGUUGCCUCCAACCCGCUACCCUCAGCUCAAAGCGGCGCAUUGUCAUCUGCGUACAUAUUCUUAGCCCUCUGUGAGCGUCUUUCAGACAUCGAUGGCUCAGAGAAGUCUACCUGGGAGGAGAAGGUCUCGCAAUCACUGGUCAUGGGCGCAAAGCCCUCGUUCCUCCUCAACCCCAAGACCUACUCGAAAAUUGGGACCAAGGAAGAGAUGCAAUGGCUGGUCAGGGCUUUGGCCGCUGUCACUUCUGGAUCCAAAUUUACUGGUGCUGACGAGGCGUCCAAAAACGGUUGGGCCCAAUCUUUUAUCUACGCUAUCACCGGCCCUGUUAUGACCACCAGCUUCCGAGCGAAUGCUGUGGAAGCACUAUCUGGUGUUUACAUGAAAGACAUGGCCUCCAUUGGAAACAUUGUUAUCGACGCUAUCUGGACCUGGAUAUAUGCUUUCCGUACCGCAGAGAAGGAGUCUGCCGCUGUCUCCGCUGGUUCCGGAAGCGAGCGUCUAUUGCAUCAGGUCUUGAAGGCCAUUUGCCCCCCAGCUGCUGAUAAGGAGGGAGUCGAAGGUGCUUCUGCCAUCAUUGAAUCGCAACUCAUUAAAAUCCUGAUUCUCAGCCGGCCCGAGUUGAUCCCAGGCGCCUCUUGGAUUGAUUUGUGCUUGAGAACUGGCACAGAUCCUGGGAACCUAGUUCGUGCCCAUCCUGCGGAUUGCAUUGAGCAAUUGACAGGUGUUAAUGCCGACCCCGUUCAAUCGAGUGUACCACAAGUCAACUCCGCUGUUUGGAGCGCCGCCGGUGAUCUGGCGUUCGUGGCUCCUGAAGUCAUGAUCCCACGCCUCGUCGAUCAAAUACAAGCAGAUCUGGAUGGCUCUCGUCUUUCUCAAUUCACUGCUACAGAUGCUGCAAUUGCCCGCACUCCUGAAGGCACUGCCUUCAUUGACAUCCUCAGCAGCAAAUCGAAGCAACCUGCUUUCGAUAAGAACACCAAGGACUAUGACACUUUGAAAUGGGAAGCGGAGCUCCGAGCACAGCUUGCCGAGAAGAAGGGCGCGAAGCCGAAGAAGCUCACGCCCGAGGAGCAAUCUAAAGUCAAGGCUCAGCUUGCAAAGGAAGCAAAGAUCCGCGAGGAGGUGCUUGAGGAAGUCAAGCGGAUCGAGCGUGGUGCUGGCCUCAUUCGUGGCCUUGCCACUGGGCCCGCCAAUGAUGUCGAGGGAUGGAUCAAUACAGCAGUCGGCUGCCUGCUUUCUCUUGCACGCGCUGGCGCUGGACUCUUUGUUGGUGACGUGGUGUCUCAGGCAUUCGUUGCCUGCUCUAACGAACUGUCUUCGCGCCUGGGCACUCUCCGGCCGUUCGUGGGAAUUGCCACCCUUCGGGCCAUUGGCAACACAAAUCUUCCUGCAGAAAGGCAAUUGGAGCACCUUGGAGAACUUGUAACAAGAAUCCUUUACCGCCUGCGAUUCGCAUCCGAACAGCGCCCUCUUGAUACUGCAUCUCUUGCCUACGUUCUCCCGUUGCUCUUCCUGAUUUUAAACCAGAAUGGCAUUGAAGAAGUCAAAGGCGACCAAGAAGGCGAGCAAGUUCUGCUUGCGAUCGAAAUUCUGUCCUUCCACUCUGGCUCUUUCUCCGAUGUGCGUCUGCCUCGCAAUGAAGUCCUUGAACAUCUUCUUAGCGCCAUGCAAAGAUACACUCAGCACUAUAAACUAAUCAAGGAUACAUUGUUCAACUUCUGUCGUUGCAUCUCCCCCAACAUCAGCAAACAGGAACUGCAGACUCUGCUGGAGGGUAGCAUUGUUCCCGACGCCUCCGUCAGGACAUCUGUUCUUCAGGUGAUUGACGCUGAGAUUGAUCUGACUGAUCUUGACUUCUCUGAGCACAUUUGGUUAGAAUGCCAUGAUAGUGUGGAAGAAAAUGUUGAGCUCGCGCAGACGAUUUGGGAAGACAACGCGCUCGAAGUGGAUGAUGAGGCUUUUCCAAAGAUCAUCAGGUACUUGGACUCCAAGGAUGGCCAGCUGCGCGGCGCUGCCGCACGUGCACUUUCCAAGGCGAUCGAAUCUGACAUGAGCAAAUUCGCUGGCAUCUUUUCUGAGCUCCAGGCCAAGUAUGCCGAAGAUGUCAAGCCCAAGGCCCCUGAAAAGGACGCUUACGGAAUGCCCAAGAAGAUGGAUAACCCAGACAACUGGGAGAGCCGUAGUGGUGUGGCAUUGGCAUUCAUUGCCAUGACCGAUCUGUUUGAUGGAGAACACGUCAUUGCUCUCCUGCAGUUCCUUAUUGAACGUGGUCCUCUGGUCGAUAAGAACUCUGCCGUUAGAAGUCAAAUGCAGGAGAGUGGAAAAUCUGUCAUCGCCCAGCGCGGCCAGCAAAAGGUUGAGGAGUUGAUGAAGCUGCUUGAAACUGUAUUGGAAACCUCGGACAAAGCCUCCCAGACGUCUGAUCUGCUGAACGAGGCAGUUGUCGUUCUAUAUGGUUCCCUGGCAAGACAUUUGAAGGCCGAUGACCCUCGUUUACAAACCGUUCUGAAGAAGCUUCUUGCGACUCUUCCAACUCCUUCUGAAACUGUCCAGUCUGCUGUUUCGGAAUGUCUGCCACCUCUGAUCAGACUUUGUGGCCCCAAGGCCUCUGACUAUGUCCAAGAGAUGCUUGAUCAACUGCUGAAUGUCAAGAACUACGCUACUCAGCGUGGUGCUGCGUACGGUCUUGGAGGCAUUGUCAGUGGUAGGGGUAUUUCAACCCUGCGAGAGUUCCGGAUUAUGAGCUUGCUCAAAGAAGCUACCGAAAACAAGAGAGAGCCUCACCAGCGACAAGGAGCCUUCCUGGCUUAUGAGCUUUUUGCGACCAUUCUUGCCCGUACCUUUGAGCCUUACGUCAUUCGGCUUGUUCCCCAGCUACUUGGAGGCUUCGGUGACCCCAGCAUUGAUGUCCGUGAUGCUUGUCUGGAUGCCUCCAAGGCUUGCUUCCAAAACCUCAGCUCUUACGGUGUGAAGAAGAUUCUCCCUACUCUCCUUGACGGUUUGGAUGAUACUCAGUGGCGCAGUCAAAAGGGAGCCUGCGAACUCCUCGGAGCCAUGGCCUACCUUGACCCACAACAACUCGCCGCCAGCUUGCCUGUUAUCAUUCCGCCUCUUACCGUGGUUCUGAACGACACACACAAGGAGGUUCGCAACGCUGCAAACCGCAGUCUUCAGCGUUUCGGAGAGGUCAUUAGCAACCCUGAAGUCAAGAGCUUGGUUGGUGUGCUUCUCAAGGCUCUGAGUGACCCGACCAAGUACACGGACGAGGCAUUGGACUCUUUGAUCAAAGUUUCCUUCGUGCACUACCUGGAUGCGCCUUCGCUGGCUCUGGUUGUCCGCAUCCUUGAGCGUGGUCUUGGUGACCGCUCUAACACCAAGCGGAAGGCCGCCCAGAUCAUUGGUAGCUUGGCCCAUCUUACCGAGCGCAAAGAUCUUAUUUCGCACCUGCCAAUCAUUGUGGCUGGCCUCAACCUGGCCAUUGUCGAUCCUGUCCCUACUACUCGUGCCACCGCUUCGAAGGCUCUGGGUUCUCUUAUCGAGAAGCUUGGAGAGGAUGCCCUGCCCGAUCUCAUCCCCAACCUCAUGAAUACCCUCAAGUCAGAUACCGGCGCUGGAGACAGACUGGGAUCUGCACAGGCCCUUGCAGAGGUUCUCGCGGGUCUGGGUACCACAAGACUCGAGGAGACACUGCCCACCAUUCUCCAGAACGUUUCCAGCUCCAAGGCUGCUGUGCGUGAGGGCUUCAUGACUCUCUUCAUCUUCUUGCCAGCUUGCUUCGGUAACAGCUUCGCAAACUACCUCAGCAAGAUCAUUCCUCCCAUUCUUGCUGGUUUGGCCGACGACAUUGAGUCAAUUCGUGAGACUUCCCUUCGGGCUGGUCGUCUGCUGGUGAAGAACUUCUCUACCAAGGCCAUUGAUCUUCUUCUUCCCGAGUUGGAGCGUGGUCUUGCGGACGAUAGCUACCGUAUCCGUCUCAGCUCCGUUGAGUUGGUUGGAGACCUUCUCUUCAGUCUCACUGGUAUCAGCGGCAAGGCAGAGGCCGAUGAAGAGGAGGAAGAGGCCACUCAAGCUGGUCAGUCCCUUCUCGAGGUCCUUGGAGAGGAGCGGAGAGACAAGGUUCUCUCUGCCCUGUUCAUCUGUCGCUGCGAUACUUCAGGCUUGGUCAAGAGUGCUGCUAUGGCUGUGUGGAAGGCUUUGGUUGCCUCUCCCAAGAUCCUCAAGGAGAUGGUGCCUACUCUUGCUCAGCUCAUCAUUCGCCGCCUUGGAUCCUCGAACAUGGAGCAGAAGGUCAUUGCCAGCAACGCGCUUGGCGACCUUAUCAAGAAGGCUGGAGAAUCAGUCCUGUCCACCUUGCUGCCUCUGCUUGAGGAAGGUCUUCAGGCUUCGCCCGACGUCGAUGUCAAGCAGGGUAUCUGUAUUGCCCUGCGCGAGCUUAUCACUUCCGCCACCCCUGAGGGUCUGGAAGACUUUGAGAAGGUUCUCAUUUCAACUGUCCGCGUUGCUCUUGUGGAUAACGACGAAGAUGUGCGUGAGGCAGCUGCCGAGGCCUUUGAUGCUUUGCAACAGAUUAUGGGCAAGAAGGCCGUGGACCAGGUUCUACCAUACCUUCUUCACUUGUUGAGAAGCGAUGAGGAGGCUGAGCAGGCCUUGUCUGCGCUGUUGACGCUGCUCACCGAGCAAACUCGUGCGAACAUCAUUCUUCCCAAUCUCAUUCCCACCCUUCUUACACCCCCAAUUACGGCCUUCAACGCCAGGGCCCUUGCAUCUUUGGCCGAGGUUGCGGGUGGAGCCAUGACUAGAAGAUUGCCCAACAUUAUCAACGGCCUUAUGGAUGGUAUUAUCCAGACAAAGGACGAAGAUCUUCGCUCGGAACUGCGCACAGCCCUCGACACAGUGUUGAUAUCUGUCGAUGAGUAUGAUGGCCUGAAUGUGGCCAUGAACGUCAUCCUGGCUCUUGUCAAGCAUGAUGAUCAGAAUCGCCGGGCUGAGGCUGCUCUCCACCUCACCAACUUCUUCGCGGAGGCUGAUGUUGACUUCUCGAGAUACUACCAAGAUAUUAUUCGCGUCCUGUUGAUCUCAUUCGACGAUUCGGAUAAGGAUGUUGUCAAGGCAGCAUGGACUGCUCUCAGUGGCCUCAUGUCUCACAUGCGCAAGGAAGAGAUGGAAGUUUUGGCCAUUCCUGCUCGCCAAAUCUUGCGACAGGUCGGUGUGCCCGGUGCGGAUCUUCCCGGAUUCAGCCUGCCAAAGGGAAUCAUGGCUAUUCUGCCGAUCUUCUUGCAAGGUCUUCUCAACGGCAGCACCGACCAGCGUACUCAAUCAGCGCUGGCCAUUUCAGACAUUAUUGACCGUACCAACGCCAACUCCCUGAAGCCUUUCGUCACUCAGAUCACUGGUCCUCUGAUUCGUGUUGUAUCAGAACGGUCGGUAGACAUUAAAUGUGCCAUUUUCUUCACCCUUAACAGGUUACUCGAGAAAAUCCCGCUUGCUGUCAAGCCUUUCCUGCCUCAGUUGCAGCGUACCUUUGCCCGUGGUCUGGCAGAUACUUCUAGUGAGACCCUGCGUAACCGUGCAGCCAAGGGUCUUGGUAUUUUGAUUACUUUGACCCCCAGGGUUGACCCACUCAUUGCUGAGCUUAUCGCUGGAUCUAAGACUACUGAUGAGGGUGUGAAGAAUGCUAUGAUGAAGGCCCUACAGGAGGUUGUCGGCAAGGCCGGUGCCAACAUGAGUGAUGCCUCUCGGGCAUCUAUCCUUGCUCUGAUCGACGAUGAAUCUAGUGACCAGACUGAUAAGGUCGCUAUCACCAACGCAAAGUUGCUGGGCGUCCUUGUCAAGGUUCUCCCGGAGGCCAGUGCGAUCACUAUGAUCAAGAACCGUAUUCUCAACGGUCAAUUUUCGCACUCGUCUGUCCUUGGCCUGAACGCUCUUCUGGUAGAGGCUCCUGCCAUUCUGUUGGAGCACUUCUCCACUGAAACCCCUUCAGCCAUCUGCCAGGGUAUCGUGAACAGAGAUACCUUUAUCUCCGAUAACAGUGUCCUGGCCGCUGGUAAAUUCCUCUUGGCCGAUGACGGUAACCACAGCUUCGAGACGCACAAGACAAUGUUUGAUGCUCUUGCUCCAGUCAUCUCGCCAGGUGCCCCGUCCGAUACCCGCCGCUUGGCGCUGGUGGUGAUCCGAACCAUCAGCCGUCUCCACCCAGAGAUGACCCGCGCUCAUCUGGCUCUGCUGGCCCCGCCAAUCUUUGCCAGCGUGCGUGACAUGGUCAUCCCUGUGAAGCUGGCCGCAGAAGCUGCUUUCCUGUCCAUCUUCUCCGUUGUGGACUCUGACGAUGAGGUCUUUGAUAAGUACAUCACUGGCCCCGGUGCCUCUCUCCCGCCCGGACCUAAGCGCAGCAUGUCCGACUACUUCAAGCGUGUUGCCAUGCGUCUUGCUCUCCAGGCCCGUGAGCGUCGCCUGGCUGAGGGAGGUGAAGGUGGACUGGGUCUGUCCAAUGACGAGGUGGAUGACGAGAAGGAACUGUGGAGUAUUGUAAACUUCAACACUUCCCCCGUAUUCGUCUGUCGAGUGCCCUACGAACAUCAUCCGCCAAACGACCGUCGAUACGCCGACAUCAAGAUGGUCAACCUUCGCACCCAGAAGCGCCUCGCCGCCUCCGUGGUCGGCUGCGGCAAGCGCAAGAUUUGGCUCGACCCCAAUGAGAUGAACGAGAUCUCCAACGCCAACUCCCGCCAGACCAUCCGCAAGCUCGUCAGCGAUGGCCUCAUCAUCCGCAAGCCCGUCACCAUGCACUCGCGCACCCGCGCUCGUGAGCUCAACCUUGCUCGCCGUGAGGGUCGCCACCGCGGUCUGGGUAAGCGUAAGGGUACCAAGGACGCCCGUAUGCCCAGCCAGGUCCUCUGGAUGCGCCGCAUGCGUGUUCUCCGUCGUCUGCUCGUCCGCUACCGUGCCGCCGGCAAGAUCGACAAGCACCUUUACCACGAGCUGUACCACCUGAGCAAGGGUAACACCUUCAAGCACAAGCGCGCUCUGGUUGAGCACAUCCAGAAGGCCAAGGCUGAGCGCCAACGCGAGCGUAUCCUCAAGGAGGAGAUGGACGCCAAGCGUGCCAAGAACAAGGCUCUCCGCGAGCGUCGGGCAGAGCGCACCGAGGCCAAGCGCACCGCCCUUGAGGCCCAGGAGUAA